AUGAAGCGGUUCAUGGCCAUGUUAAGCAGAAACAAACACAAGGAUCCCCCACCCACCAAGCUGCUGGAGCUAGCAGGACAGCUUUGCCAGGACCUCCAGAGCUCAUCCCCUAAUCUGGAGAAGCUGGUUGGGGCCAUGAUGAGAUGCAAACAAAAGAUGCAUUUUCUCACUAACAUCCACGUUGUCCGAGCUUGUGUGUUUGUUCACAUCCGUAGCGGGCAGCAUGACACAGCCUGCAAGCUCCUGGAGUGUUGCAGGGCAGAAGAGAAGGAGGAGCUGGUGCAACUUUGGCAUGAGAUUCACUAUCAUAGGGUUAUGGAGAAACACCACAGAGAUUUUCUGACACCACUGCAGAAAUUUCGUUGCAGGAAGAGGAAUCCUCCACCUAUUUCCCUUUGUCCUGAGGGCUUGAAAAAUCGAAACUAUUCAGAUGAAGUACGCCAGCAACUGUACAAAUUUGCUGCAGAGGUGACAACAAAUCCAAAUAAGAAACAACGGGAGAGAUUGGCUCAGAACAUGAACCUGCAGCCAGCUCAGGUCUAUAACUGGUUUGCAAAUUAUCGACGACGUCAAAAAUCCCGUAUCCAUCGUGAGGAAAAGCUUAACUACUUGUGCCCUGAGGGGACCUUGACACACCAUGCAAAGGAGCAGCAGGAUAGAGGAUCCUACACUCCACAAACUGCAGGUGAACGUCUGGCCACGUGGCAGGCCCCUUCCAGCACCACAGGAGUCUCUGGCUCCAUGUGGACCCCAAAUAUGGAAGGUAUCAGAGCUCCCUUGAGCAGAGUCCCUCAAGGUGGUUUUAUUGAGGCCAGUUCAGGAAGAAUCAUUCGGCAGUCAGAUUUAGAGGUUGAAAGCUUCACCGUUAGAGAAGGACAGCUAGGGACCCUGGAGACUAUUCUUCCCCACAGAAAAUCAUAA